AUGACAAGCUCGAAAUCAACAUUUGAUCAUGGUCCGGGUGAGCCUGGGGAUGAUUACUUCUCGUCCGCUUCCUCAGAGCGUUCUCAUUCAGACGACGCACAAUGGGAGAGCCUACUAGAUCGUGGACUAGCAUACGGUAUCAAAACCAGAGACCAGCUUCGGUUCGAGGCAGAUGUCGGCCAUACAUCGCUCAUUGGCUGUCGUCUAGUCGACAAUCCCUCCCAUCGCCACGAAAUAGAGCUUUGGGAAAUUCUGUUAAUUGCUCAAGCUCUGCAAAACGGUCACGAAGGGAUCAAAGCUAUAUGGAGGGGUAUGAAAUUCCGAGGGGAAGCCAUUCGAUUUGAGGGAGAUGACCCUCGCAUUGAAGGCCUGUGGAAGACCUUCCUCUCCGCUGGUUCCGAAGACCAUCACUUUCUCUGGUCAAUUUGCAAGGAAGCCAAACACUUGAAGUACAAACGGCCGAACCUAUUCGCGGAAAUUGUUGGAGCGGCAUUAGAAGGUUCCCGGCCUCUGGAGGCCUAUCAAUUCGCAUCGUUCAUUGGCCAGAAGCAUUACAAGGGACGCGAAGAUCUCCUAGCGACCUUCUUCGCUGCCUGCCGUUCGAAAGAGACCAAUUCUCUGAAAGGGUUUUGCAGCGUCUAUGAUCUGGUUCCCAAGACUCGCAUCUAUGCAGAGGUUACUUCCAGUCUGUGGGCGCAAGACCGUUCGUCUGAUGCCUUCAUGAUGCACUCUUUUUUGAUCGCAAGGAAAGACCUGCCUCCUCGAUUUGAGCUACUUGAGCCAUACAUCAACUACUUAGCUCUGCACAACGAAAGCCUUGAGAGAUUUCUCUCGCCACUAAACCAGGCUGGCGCUUCCUUUGAAGCCCAGGCGCGACGACUGUGGUCCAUCGGCAGAAGCAGAAUCACUGGUAUACCUGCAGAUUCUCUCAAUAUCGUGGCAAGCAAGACUAUGGGAUCAGCUCCAACGAAGCUCAGCGAUCAAUUUGUCGCACGGGCGUUUGCCACUCGGGCCUUCUCUUUUGAUUUUGCAGUUAACAGUCUGAGAAUGAUCGGGCUGAUUGAGGUUGGACCGUUGGCUGUCCGUCAAAUGGUGCUGGCUGCACGAGAUCUAGCUACCUUGCAAGCUCGAUUUCAGAAACUCCGCGAACUCGAGAUUGACACCGGAUCGUCCGUCUUUGUUCGAAUAAUCAGAGAUGUCUGUGACGCAGGACAUUGGGAAAUGGUCCAAGCACUGGUGGACAACGAUUUGCAUCACGAGGUGUUCGAAGAUAUCGAGCUACAGAGUCGACUCUUGACGGAAUACUACCGCACCAAAGACUGGAGACAACUGAAUCGUACGCUUGUGAUUCUCAAUGAUGGACAAUUCGACAACUACUCUCGUGGCCGAUCCGCCAACCUCCUACUAAGAGCGAUGAUGGAUGUAGGUGAUUGGAGAGGUGCCGUAAACUGUGUGUCGACUUUACAAGAACAUGGUUUACAUAUCUCUUCAUCCUUUCCUGAGUCCAUCAUCACUUUAUUUCGAGCCAAUAAAUCAUCCGCCGGUGGUCAAGGUCGCGGAGACAUAGACAAAAUCGGGUUCCUGAUAGGACUGAUGCAAAACGUCCUCGCUUCAGGAACAAACUUCAAGAUCAGGCUUUGGCGGGCACCGGUAAAGGCACUCGGGCGACAAGGACGUCUCAAAGAGCUAGAAUCACUUGUCUACUGGGUCGCAGAAUGGUACCGAAACGGAGGGCUCAACGGCCGAGUCCUCCAAGUCCCGAUGUCCGGCUCAGGGACAAAUUUAAAUGUUCUUUUCGACGACAAGUUUCAAAAAUCACUCAUGUCAUGGUGCUUCAGACCCCGAAAAGGGAUGGGUGUUGUUUCCCCUGAACGUUGCCUGUGGUGGACCCGCGUGCUCAAACGGCUGAGAGACGUGUACGGUGUUGAGGUCAAGGAAUAUGUCAUCCGUUGGGAGUUUAUUUACCGCUUACGACGGCUCUUCGCCUCGGGAAUGCGUCUCAAGGCGCCAAACGCGUGGAUGCGGUCCAGAAACCGCACCUCGCUCGCACAGUACUGGGCCCUGUACGAUAAGAUGUGGGAUAUGAAACCAGCCGGUCAGGUCAAAUACGAUGAUCGGAACAAAGCCAGUCUCUACCAUCGCAAACUGAGUCCACUCAAGAGAAGGCGUCUGAUAAGUCAUUGGCUGAGAAGAAGGGCGGAUCGAGCUUUGGGCCGGGGAACACAGGGUGGAUUUGGCCAGAGCACUGGACAAGAGGGUAUUGUCGUGUACAGAGAUCUUUUUAAUGCGUCUUGGGAAGACUACAGAAAGUGA